GCAGUAGCCAAAACCGGGGACGGCGCACCUAUUCCGCAGCAGCCAAUUCGGUUAACCAAGUAACCAUUGUUGAUAAUGACUUCACUAGGCCGUGCAUCAAAUAAGCCCACUGCACCUAUCCAGUGACUCUACACAGUGUCCGCCUGUGACGCAAGAGCGCGAGGAUACUGCUUCACACAAUCCUUAGUAUUUAUCCAGCUUGGAGCAUAGGAAUGGGGAUUGAGCGAUCGGAGAGGCGGUAGCACUUGUGAAGGGCGCAACACGCCAGAAGCAGGCUCCGCACAGGCGUGAAAUGGGCAACUGCAAGAGCACUGACCAUGGCGCUGAGCCGGGAGCUCGUGCCAGUGGGCGCAAGCGGCAGGUCUCCACGGCGGAAAAGAUUGCCCGUGCGGCAACGCCUGUGGUCCCCGGCCCUGGGCCCCCACCAAAAAAUGGCCGUAUGAGCAUCACUUUAAAAUCUGGAGGAGCUCUAGCCGUGAACCUGCGUGACGAACCCGACACGCAGCCGGAUGCAAUGGGAGACGCGGGAGCGGCUGGCGCGGGCGCAGAGCCAGGGGGCGACCCCGCAGCGCGCAACCCACUUCGCCCCGCCGGGCUCGCCAUCGCUUUCCUCGGCCGCGCGGGCAAGGCCGCCGCCGGCGGCCGGGCCGCCCAAGCCACGUCAUCCAACGUCGCAUCCCCCACUGUUGCCAGCGGCGCCGCCACGCCCACAGCUGCAGCCACCGGCGGUGCCUCCCAGCAGCACAGCCCCGGAACGAGACCAACCGGCCAUCGCCAGCCCGACCCGCAUCGCCAGCCUGACCCACAUCGCCAGCCCGACCCACAUCGCCAGCACCCCCACGCGGGGCUGGCGCCGCGCGAGGUCAGCCGCUUUGAUGACUCCCGCGCCUCCUCCUUCGUCAGCACCGGCAGCGCGGGCUGGGCUCGCCCCGGCGGCCAGUUCCCCAGCGGCGCGUAUGAGGAACUCAUCACGCCCGCAGCCUCCGUGGCGCAUCCCGGCGCGCAUCCGGGGGUGAUGCGCUCGCGCCCGUGCGCCAGCGCCAACGGCCGCGCCGGCGGACAGGCGGCGGCGGUAGCGGCGGAGGAGCCGGGGGAGGACGGCGACGCGGGCUGCGUGGUGUCCUACGCAACGCCGCACGCAAGCUUCACGUCUGCGGAGGGCGAGGCGGGGUCAGGGCGGGCCGAACGCACCCCGCUGGUGCAGGUGGCGUCAGCGGGCGACGAGCUAGCGGAGGCAGGGGCGGGGGCGGGGGCGGGGUCCGGCGGCAAGCGGCUGGGCCAGGAAGCGGAUGUGUGGCGGCUACGGGACGCGGCGGCGCGCCUGGAGGCGCGGCGCGGCGCUGCGGGUGCCGGUGCGGGUGUAGACCUAGGCGUGGGCACGGGAGCGGCUGCAGGCACAGGCGGUGUGGCCUACCGCGGCAGUGACGACGGCAGGGCGGGCGGUGGCAGGCCGCCGCCGCAGCCGUUGCAGCAGCAGCACCAGCGGUCGUCCUCCACGCCGCGUGCUGGCGCGCAUGCCGGCGCCACUUGUGACCUGCUGCGCCGCGCUGCCGCUAACCGCCAGCGGGCAGCGGCGCUGGGCAUCGCAGGUGGCACCGCCAGUCCCGGCGCUCUCUCAUCUGGGUCGGGCUCGGGGCCGGGUUCGGCCGAGGUCUCGCCAACCGCGGCGGCGGCGGCAGUAGCCGUAGGAGCUGGUGGCAUUGCUGGGCACGACACAGGGAGCGAUGACGACCACCUGCAUCACGCGCAUGAGCACGAGGGCGAGUGCGAGGCGGGGGAGGGGGAGGUGGAGCCCAGCGGGAAGUCGCUGUGGGGCAAGGCGCGCGCCGCCACGGCCCUGGUGCGGCUGCGGCAGGAGGCGGCGGCGCGUGCAGCCGCCGAGGCCGCGGCCGCUGGCGCCGCCCGCAACAAACUGGAGUACGUGCCGCAGCCGCCGGCGCGGCGGCCACGGGGCAUGGCGAUCGGGUCGCCGCCGGUGCUCGCGGCCGGCGCCUCCGCGGCGUCCGUUGGACUGUCCGGGCCCAUGUCCGCGGACCGGGUGCUUGCACCGCAUGGCACGCCGGCUGCGGCGGCCGCGGCGGCGGCGGCGGCUCAGAUGGCGGCGGCUGCGGGUCUGCAAGGGGCUGGCAGCUACCAGCGCCCCUUGGGUGUGGAGAGCUCGGAGCCGCUGCUGCACAGGGCGGAGGCCGUGGCUUGCCCACGCGGCCACGGCCCGCCACACGGCCCGCAGCUUCACCCGCAGCACCAGCCGCACCUGCACUCGCCGCAAGCCACGGCGGCGCAGCGGGCGGAGGCGUUCCUGCGCGCGAGGGCGCAGUCCGAGCGCUUCCGCUCCCCGGGCGCCGCGCGCUGGGACCUGUCGCCCCCUCCCGCGCCCGUGGCGCCGCUGCCGUUGGCCUUCACGGGCACGGCGCCGUACCAGUCGCCUCAUGCAGAGGCGUCCCUGGGCUCUGAGUACAGCGGCCUCAGCGGCGUGAGCGGCGGCCGCACGCCGGCGCCAGUGCCGGAGCACAUCAUCCGGCCGCAGCACCUGCACCACCGCCCUCCCGCACACGCCGCCACCAGCUCGGGUAUGCUGCAGGCCAGCCGCGUCGAGCAGCUGCUGCCGUACCAUCAGCAGCCCCAGCAGCAGCCGCAGCCGCGCAAAUCGCUACAGCCAAGGGACCCGGCCAAGGACACGCCUACCAAGACCGUAUCCAUGGGCCGCAGCGCGCGAGAGUACUGGGCUCUGAAGGCUCAGCUUCAGGAGCUCGACGCGCAGCGCACGCCCAGCCAGCGCUUCGCCGAGGAGGAGGCGGUGCGGCGGCGCGACCGCCGCCGCGAGAUGGGCUACACCUCCUCGUCGUCGUCUUCCUCGGACGGGGAGGACGGCCAGCCGAGGCUGACGCAGCUGCAGAAGCUGAUUGCGCGGCGGCGCAACACGGCGGACAGCGGCACCAUGCCGGACGCGGCGGCGACGCUGGCGGCCAUACAGGCGAUCGCGGCGUUGGGUGGCGGUGGCGGUGACGGCGCGGCGGCGGGAGAGGCAGCAGCGGCGGCGGCGGGAGCAGACGCUGGUGUGGAGGGGGCACGCGGCACGCUGUGGUCACUGUACCCCAAGGCGGCCAAGGCGGCCAGCCUCAAGGCGGGGCCGUCACGUGGCAGCCUCAUGGGCGGCACCACGGCGCCGCCGGAGCGCAUCACGCCCUCGCGGAGGCAGACCACCACCGCCGACGGCGCUGCCGCCGCGGCCGCGGCCGCAGCCGCGGGCUAUUACACCAGCAACAGCAACAGCAACAGCGGUGCGCAUGAGCUGAUCGGACCGGGCUCCGCGCCGCCGGUGCUCACGCCCCUGGCCGCCUCCAUCCUUGCGGCGGCCGGCGUGCCCAGCAGCGCUGCUGCAGCUGCAGCAGCUGCCCAGCACCCGCAUCCGCACCCGCACCCGUACCAGCAGCACCCGCCGCCGCACCAGCACGGCUUCUACCUCCAGCCGGCGUACUACGCAGGAGGCGGCGGCGUGCCCGCGGCGGCGGCGCCGCCGCCGCCCGGCUCCCUGGCGGCGCCGUCCUCCAUGGAGGUGUGGGCGGCCCUGCAGGCGCUGGCGGAGCCGCCGCUGGCCCCCGAAUCCUCCGUCGCCUCCUACCCCGACCCCCGCCCCGCCGUCCCAGUGAUGCUUGGGCCAAUGUUUGCCCCGCCGGGCCAGCCCUACCCAGGGCUGGUCAUGGGAGGUGCGGGGUUGCCAGCAGGCGGGAGUGGGGCGCCGGGCGUGGGAUAUUACCACCCCGGCACCGGGCCGGGAUCGGCGCCGGCGACGCGGCAGCGCAACUCGCUGUCGGUGCCGGACGCGGGGGCGUAUGGAGGCAGCGGCGGCGGCUCGCCAAGGGCUGCGGCAGUAGCAGCAGCAGCAGCAGCAGGCGGGGGCGGUCACCUGACGUGGCAGCAGCAGCUUCUGGAGCAGCGACGGGAAGUGGAGAUGGCGGAGGCGGCGCAGAGGCAGCACCAACAGCACCAACAGCACCAGCAGCAACAGCAUUACAUGCAAGCCGCCGCAUUUGCUGGCGCCGACGGCGACGGCGGCGGAAACGGCGGCGGCGGCGGUGGCUGGGGCGCGGCGCGCUUCGCCCCCGGCGCAGUCGCCGGCUACCGUGAUGGCGACGUGGAGGGCGGGCGGUCGUCGGCGCCGACCUCCUCCGCCACAGCCCGGGUCCAGCUCUGGAGAGCCGGCGGUCUGGGCGGCAGCGGCCACUACGGCAAGUACCUGGGCCCCGGCAUGGCCGCUGAGGCUCUGGCCGCUGCUGGUGCUGGUGGCGGCGGCGGCGGCGGCGGCGGCGGAAGCAACAGCUUCCGCGGCGGCCACUCUCCGCUUCACAGCCCGCGGGUGCACCCGCUCCCGCGCGCGCCUGGAGGUGCGGCGGAUGGCGGCGGCGGUGGUGGUGGUGGUGCGGCAGCAGCGGGCUCGCGGUACGUGAGUGACACGGGCAGCGGCGGCAACACGGGCAUGUACGACAACGCUUUGUACGACGACGACAGACGACCCGUGGAUCCGGCGGCGCAUGAGCAGCAGCGGCGACAGCAGCAGCGGCAGCAGCAGGACGCGGCGUGGUGCGCUGCGGCGGCGGUGGCGGCGGCCGAGAGCCAUGAUGUGUUUGGAAGCAGCGGAGGCGGGGCGGGCGGUCAUGGCGGGCGGGGACCGGCACCCCAGGGUUUCGUGCCGUACGAUGCACAGGGGCUGGCGGAGGACGGGCAGCCCAGUCCCGCGCUGGCGGCGGCGGCGGCGGCGGCGCUGGCGGAGGACGAAGACCGCAUGUCGGCGGCGUCCUCACCACAGCGCCAGUGGGUGCCGCUGCAGCACGCCCCGCAAAGCGCUCAGGGCAGCAGCGUCACGGUGAGCGGUGGACGCGGCGUGGCGCCAGGCGUGGCGCCAGGCGCGGGCGCGGGCACUGCUGCUGGUGAGGAUGCGGGUGGCGCUGGGCCGGGCGCUGCGCCACAGCCGCAGCCGUGGGAGGCGCGCCGGCGGCUGGGCCCGGCGCCGCCUUCGGGCGGCGGCGCGCUUCCGGAGUCGGAGAGCGCUGAGUUCCUCGCUGUGCUUGAGAAGGCGGCGCUAGUGUCUACCAAGGUGGCGGCGGCGGUGGCGGCUGGGGAGCUGGGCUAGCGGCGGCCGGGAGCAGGGCUUUGCAGCGGCCGCGGCGACGAUGCUGCUCAUCACUCGGUGGGUUGGUUUGCGCGCGUGUCGCGCUCGUGAUUUGGAGUGGAGCGGAGGGGAGCGGGAAUGUUUGCUAAUGUGAUAUGGGUGAGUGGAGUGGGAUGGCGGGCCCGGCAUUGGGGGAAUUUGCGGCAGGGGCGUGGAACUGAGCGCUGUGAGGAUGGAAGGUUUGUGCACACUCAAACCAUCCUUGGACUAUAUGAUGAACGCCGUGAAAAGCUCAUGUUUUGCGCUCGCUAUUUAUACAUGCUGAGUCUCUGACCACGUUGUGCGGCUGUAGCGUCUGACGCGGCGAAACACAGGCCGAAGCGACAUGGAGACUCGGAAGCACGCAAGACGACGUUGUCCUGACUUGACUGCUGCACCAUGCUUUUGCUGCGUUACCAAAGAUGCAUGAGAAACCGAAUGCACACGUUGUCGGGUUGUGUGUUGACUGCUGCACCAUGCUUUCGCCAUUUUCGUCCAAGUUAUCAGGCAUGCAUUGCAAUUUGGGGGCUAACCAGUGGAGCCCGAUUACCACGGUUUGACACUUGCGUUUUGAGGGGCGACGGCCAGGCGGACGAUGGGUCGGGACUUUGACUGGCGGGCGGUUGGGCUCGCGUACCCGUCAACGCCUUGGAAAACUUUGGCAGAACUGUCCGGGAACGUUCGUGUUCCCUGUGAACUGUGCUGUAACGAUAUAUAAUU